AUGUCGUCCCCGCUAGUGCACCAUGAGCCGCGCACGCUCUCGUCCCCCGUCGUGCCACAGACGCGCAUGGGCAAGGGGCGCGCUCAGACGGACCCCAGCAUGAACGCGACAUCAACCCUGGCACGGGGGCUGUCGUGGAGGAGAAGGGGAUCCGUGGCUAGUAAUACCAGCGCUAAGGGGAAAGAUAAGAAGGUCGAGGAGGGCGCACCGAGUCCGAGGCGCGUGCAACGAUCGCAAACCGUGACGGUGGCGGAGCUGGACCGCCCGCACUCCCCUGGGUGCCACGUUCUGCCAGCUUUCUUCUGA